AUGAACUUGACUGAUAAAAACCGGGCAAUGACCCAUUUGCUCUGGUGGAAUUUUCUAACACGCCCUUUCCACUAUAUCACUAUUGAGAUGGCUGGGAAUGGUCCUCUGGAUUACGAGACACUCUUGCUUGAGAGAGAGGAGUUGAUAAGGAGAGCCGAGGAAUCCCAGAAACGGGCCGAGGAAUCUCAAAGAUGGGCUGAGGUCUCCCAGAGACAGGCUGAAGUAUCCCAGAGACAGACCGAAGAAUCUCGAAGAUUGGCUGAAGAAGCGCAGAGACAAACCGAAGAAUCUAGAAGAUUGGCUGAAGCAUCCCAGAGAAAAGUCGAGGAACAGCUGCAAAAGACAACAUUCGGCGAAUUCCUCCGAUAUUGUCACGCCUUAUUUUCGGUGCCUUUGAGAGUUGGAAGUCUUGCUGAGUCGACAAGGGGACAGAUAACACAACCGAAGGGCAAAUACUGCCCUGUACGCUUUCAACCCUGGGCUGACUGUGCAAACAAACAGAGAGAGAUUUUCAAGUCUGUUUGCGACUAUCUGGAGCCACCAGAGGGACCGGCAGAGCGGGUAUUCAUUUCGCGACCCUCGCUGCAGGAUAUCGGUCAUCUACUCACCCGCCAGUCUAUACGCAGCGAAGCGGGUCUAGCAGCCUAUGAACUCCAUGGCGUGGAAAGUCAUGUGGCUCAUAUCAUCACAGAACUUUGCAAAAUUCCUGCAGCUCAAAAGGAGUUUUGCCUUGGAGAUGGGAUUCUGUUCGACGACCACGGCAACGCCCUUGAUUCUGUUGAUGGGUGUUCAUUUAACGAAUCACGAGCGUCAACUGGAACUUGCUCUAAGCCAGACAAGUAUUGUAUACAUCGUGUCAAUGGUGAUACCAAAACUUUGCUUACAGCAGUCGAGUACAAACCACCUCACAAGUUAUCCGUCGCCAAUCUUCGUGUGGGACUAAGACAAAUGGAGUUCUAUAAGGAAAUAAUCCAGCCCAAUUAUACACCCACCGAAGAGGCCCAGAAGCUGCGAUAUAACGCCGCCCGUUUGGCAGGCUCAGCUGUGGUUCAACAAUUCCAUGUGAUGAUACAAGAGGGACUUGAAUACUCCUAUCUGACCGUCGGAGUGGCCUUGGUUUUGCUACGAGUUCGAUCCGAAGAUCCAACAACCUUGUAUUACUAUCUCUGUGAGCCAAACGAGGAUAUUAAACCCAAUGAUGAGGACAGCUUCAAGGAGCCCAGAACAGCUAUCGCGAGAAUUCUAUGUCUCUGCCUCAUGAGCUUUGGCUCGCAGCUUCGGGACCAGAGAUGGCGACAAAAUGCGCGGUCUCAGCUCCCCAAAUGGAUCACGAGUUUCUCUCACGAGCAUUCCGAGAUUCCUGACGCAGAGUUACGGAAAAGCCCACCUGGAUCCGAGUACAACUCGUCUGUUAGCGCGGGCACUGCUUCGGAGUGGGUGCCAUCAGCGCCUGCAUCCCCUACUGAGGCUCCGACCGAAGGAUAUCGGAUAGGGACUCGCUCCAAACCCAGCUGUGCACCAGCCAACCCUCCACGCCUGGAUUCCCCAGGGUCUGAUCCAGAUGAGGCCUCGGGGACCAGGCACCCAGCCUCUGAUCAAAUAGCACCGUCUUCAGAAACUCGAUCAACGCGGAAUACAAGAUCUCAGACAAAUGGGCAAUACACUCAAAGCAACCAAACAAAGAGCAAAAAUGCACCAUUCUGCACUCAGCGGUGUCUACUUGGCUUGCAAAAGGGUGGCUUGCUAGAUGAGUGUUGCCCAAACGUAGACCUACACCGACAGGGAGGCAAAAGCAGCCACCAUCUCAUCAACGCCGAAGAGCUCGUGCAGCAGGUCCGACAGCAACUAGAUGAUGACCCCGACGACUGCACACCAAUGGGCGAGUGUGGAUCAUACGGAGCUCCAUUCAAGAUCACCAGCAAUGCACACGGAUAUACCAUAGUCGGCAAAGGAACAACAGCCCUACUCUGGGGUGAAGUAUCGCGUGAAGCAGAUAUCUAUCGUCUGCUUUCUCGGGUGCAGGGGGCUGCCGUUCCUGUCUUCCUUGGCCCAAUCGACUUGGCUGAUAUAUACUUCUUGCAUGGGGCUGGAGAAAUCAGCCACAUGCUUCUCAUGGGCUGGGCUGGUGAGCCGAUCACUGAAAUCGGAGCACUCAGGCGUGAAUACUCGCGGUCUGUCAAUGAUAUUCGCUCGCUGGGGGUUUUACAUCAAGACCUUCGACCGGCUAAUCUCCUGUGGAAUGCUGAGCUAGGUCGGGUCCUUGUGAUUGAUUUCCAUCGUUGUCAGUUGGAUUCCCGGCCGGAUAAACAUCGAGGAAGACGCAGAAGGCGCUCGCACGGAGCGGCGGUUGAGCGAAAGCAGCCGCGAGUCAUUUGA